UCGGUCUCCCGCCACCGCGUCCAGCUGUGGCCCUCGCAGGGCGCGCUCGCUGGCGCUCACCUGACAGGUCCCUGGCCUCAGGACGACAGCCAGCACCUGCAAUCUCCCUACAUGAGGGACAAAGCGACGCAGACCCCCAGGGCCUGGGCAGAUGAGAGGAGGAGGGGCUCUCACAAACGCUCGGCCUCCUGUGGGAGCACCGACCAGCUCAAGGAGAUUGCCAAAUUGCGUCAGCAGCUCCAGCGCAGCAAACGCAGCAGCCGCCAUCGGAGGGAUAAAGACCGCAAGUCCCCGUUCAAUGGCAGCCACACCAUCAUCCAGUCGCAGUCACCGAUGCCCAAGACCAUCCUGAUACCCAUCCCCAUCUCCAAGUCAUCGGCCCCGCGUUUCCGCAACAGCGUGGAGGGCCUCAACCAGGAGAUCGAGCGCAUCAUCAUCCGAGACACGCCCGAGAAGGACGAGACCAUCGUUCCACAGGACGUCCCAGAUGGGCACCGCGCGCCCCGCCGGCCCCCACGGCGCAGCAGCAGCACCCGCAGUAUCGACACGCAGACACCCUCGGGGGGCGGCCUGAGCGGUAACCACAGCAACUGCAGCAGCCGCCCUGACUCCAUCUCGCCCUCCUACCUCACCGUCCUCAAUGACACGGGUGGAGGCAGCCCCUACGAGGACAAAGAGCUGGGCCCCUGCUCCCCGCUGCCCAAAUACGCCGCCUCUCCCAGACCCAACAACAGCUACAUGUUCAAGAGGGAACCUCCAGAGGGCUGCGAGAAGGUCCGAGUGUCCGAGGAGACCAUACCCAAACCCCUGCAGGAGAUCCCGCCCUUCCUGUGUCCCGACCGCAACAAGGUCAACUUCAUCCCCAACAGCGGCUCCGCCUUCUGCCUCGUCAGCAUCCUCAAACCCUUGCUGCCGGCCCCGGAGCUCAGCUUUCGCUCCGCUGUGGGCCUCCGGAGCCACUCCCCAUCCCUGGUGCCUCUGUCCACCCAGCCCUGCCUGCUGGAGGAGCCCGAGAGCUUCUGA